AUGUCAUCCUGCGCGAGUGGCUGUUCUUCUCCUCUGCAGCCAACGCACCUUGAUCAGCACACGCCUUCUAACCAUCAGCAGCAGCAGCAACAGCAGCAGCAACAACAGCAGCAGCAGCAGCAGCAGAUGCUGCUUGAGGGGCAGGGGGCCCCUCCUUUGUCUCUAGAGAGCCAACAAACAGAAACCGGGGCCCUUCAGCAGUCCCUCUUAUCCACGAAGAGAAUCCGCACGAGGCGACGGCGCCUCGUAGAGCCCCUGGCAGCACAAAGACCGCAGCAGCAGCAGCAGGAACAGCAGCAGCAGCAGCAGCAGCAGCAGCAGCAGCCGUUCACUCCCGGCGGUUGCUGCUGCGGUAACCAGCCAUGUGUUUGCUCGCACCGGCAGCAGCAGCAACAGCAGCAGCAGCAGCAAACAGCAAACAGCUUCUUUGUGACAGAGGCGGAUGCAGGAGCUGGCCAGGGCUGCUACAGCAGCGCGCAGCAAGCGCAACAGCAGGAAGACAGCAGCAGCAGCAGCAGCAGCAGCGGCAUGCAGGAGUCGCUGCUGCUGCCUGUGCACAAGAGAAAGGUAAUGACGAACACCACUGCAGCAGACUCGAGCUGCGAGGACUGGCCUGCUAGCCGAGGUGACCAUUGGUCAUGUGAGGGGCCAGGGGCGCAGGCCUUGCUGCUGUCUUCAGAGGAGCAGCAGCAGCAGCAGCAGCAACUCUCUCCUGCCUCUUUCUAUGACUUUUCCUGUUCACCAUCCACAGCAGCCACGAACUCCCAGCAGCAGCAGCAGCAGCAGCAGCUACAGCACGAAGAGUCGCCCACAGCAACUUGCACAACGUGCGGCAGCGCUUCUAGUUGCUGCUGCUGCAGCUCAUUGGGACUGGAGCAGCAGCAACAACAGCAGCAGCAGCAGCAGCAAGUGGGCAUGCACACGCUAGUGGACGGCACCCUGACACGGCAGCUCUCGCAACAGCAACUCUCUCCUGCCUCUUUCUAUGACUUCUCCUGUUCACCAUCCACAGCAGCCACGAACUCCCAGCAGCAGCAGCAGCAGCAGCAGCUGCAGCACGAAGAGUCACCCACAGCAACUUGCACAACGUGCGGCAGCGCUUCUAGUUGCUGCUGCUGCAGCUCAUUGGGACUGGAGCAGCAGCAACAACAGCAGCAGCAGCAGCAAGUGGGCAUGCACACGCUAGUGGACGGCACCCUGACACGGCAGCUCUCGCAUGUGUCGCAGGAGUCUGGUGUAGGUGAGGCAGCAGCAGCAGCAGCAGCAGCAGCAGCAGCAGCAGCGAGCAACAGCAGCAGCACCGCUCAGGAGUUGGGUCAGGAUUCGUCUCCGCCUUCUGCAGUGCCUUCUCCCAAAGUAGAGGCAGCAGCAGCGGCUGCUGCAGCAGCAGCUGCAGCAGCAGCAGCAGCAGGUGUGGGGCCCCCAUUUGCAUGCAGCGGGGAGCUGCCUGUGUGUCUGCCUCAAGGAGAAGACAGCAACCCCGGCCCUUCGCUGCUGCGGCUGACGGAGGCGCAGUGGCAGCAGUUUAGAGCUCAGGGCCUAUUCAAGCUGGGAGACAAGGGGCGAGCCAUCAUCAAGAGUAGAAUAUCAAGGCAGCUCCGUGUCUUCCCACAUCUCCGCAAGAGGGCCUCGGCUGUAGCUGGAGUCCGCUGCGCCACGACUAAACAGCUCUUUCAGCUUGCGCAAAUUUGCGGUUUGUAUGACGUGCUGCCUCCCCAGUUCCAGCCGGUCUCUUUCAGGGGCGCGCAGCAGCAACAGCAGCAGCAGCAACAGCAGCAAGGCUGCCAGCUGGAUGCGCAGCCGGACGCAACAGCAGCAGCAGCAGCUGCUGCUGCUGCUACUGUUGUGGGCCCCUUCUCCUCCCUCAGCCCCCUCACCAGUUGCUCGCUCACUGACACGGGGCCAACGGGCAGUGCUGCUGCUGUUGCUGCUGCAGCUCUUAUGGUGGGGGACUUUGAUGGGGCGUCUCCUGGGGGCAGCAGCAGCAACAACAACAACAACAACAACAGCAAUGGCUUUUGGCAGCAGCAGCAGCAGAUGCUGCUAGAGAAUAUGCAGCAGCAGUCGCAGCAGCAGGUUUUUUGCGAGCAGCAGCAGCUACAGUUGCCUAUACUCUGA